AUGAUGAAGAAUAUGGUUAGUUAUGCAAAGGGGGGGGACAAACUUCACCAGAAGAGGGAAGAACGCAGGAGAGACAGUAGUGAGAAGAACCCCUGGGGAAAAAGCCAACCCACUCGGGAGAGGCAUAAUGAAAAAUGUUACACGUACAGGGGAACAUACGUCAAUCAAGGGAAAGCCAUUGAUCGGACGGAGGAGGUGAAUCAGGAGAGUUUACUGUUGAGUGUGUUGAACGGUGGGGGCAGCACUGUGCCUUCUCACACACACCCUAAUGGGGGGAACAGCAACAAAGACGGGUAUCCCACCCGCAAAGACAAAAAAGAAAAAGCCGAACCGAAUCAACAAAGCAUUAAAACGUAUUACGAAUUUUACAACGUUGUCAAAUAUAGCAACAUAGCUAGAAACCGAAGGAGGAAUAGACUGAUCAAUUUUUGGAAAGAGGUAAAAUUGAAGAGAUCGUCCAAGGGGAAUGGGCACAAUGGUGAUGUGAUGGAGGGGGAGCAAAAUAGCGGAGAAAUCCACUCUCCGUUUGGACAACAACGAGUGAAUCGUAGUAAUGAUGAGAGGGAAGACGAAUUAGAAAACAUCCUAAGCCUCGAAUGGAAGGAAGACAACUGCUCCAACUACAUCCUUCAGUGUUGCAAUGAGCAGCUACUAAACAAGCAAGUAAAAAUACACCACACGGAUUUCAUCGAAAUAGAGGACAUAUUUGAUGAGAGAAAAUUAAGUUUUGUGAAAAAUAAAAAAUUCUGUUUUUACAAAAAUGGGGAAAUGAAUAAGUUAUGUAAAGACAAACAAGAGAGGAUGGUGGACUCUCGGCGGACCAUGCAAGGAAGUCAUCUGAACGGUGCAGUAACAGAACAGGUAAACAACCUCAAGAAUGUUGAGGUGGAGGAAGAAGCGCGUGAGAGUAGUCCACCCUGUGGGGAAAGCAACACUUAUGAAUGUCCUCCCCACCAAAAUGGGAACCUCGACCAGGGGAACAUCACAGGGGAGAGCCCCAUCGGGGAAACCCUGCAGGAGGAUUCUCACAAACGGAGAGGUGAUCACUCUUCGGAGGUGCAAAUGGAAGACAUAUCCUUGCCGGAUGGCCUCGGUGAGCACAGUAAUGUAACUCCUUCUCACGGUUGGGAAGAACCCACCCAGGGGGAAAAAAACUCAAAUGAGCAAAUCGAUCCGAUGGAAGCAGACCUUGACGGAGAGUUCGCCUUUGACGAGGGGGAUGACGAGUUUGAAAAUGGGGAGGGCAAUGCGAACGAGGAGGAUAGCUUCCUGUCCGAUCUCCACUUGGGGGAGAACGAUGACGACCCAAAAGGGGCAGAUGCAGAUGUAGAUGCACAUGCAGAGGAGCAGAAAGAGGCGCAUGAGGGAUACGACUUGGACUGCGAGUUCGAAGACGUAGAAGUGAAGGAGGCGCUUGACGAAGGACAAGAUGCCGACAGUUUGAUGGAUUUUUUGGCCGAGGAGAUGGUGGUGGGGAGUGAGGCCCCAGGAGGGGGAGACGUGGAACUUCAGGAGGAUGGACUGAUCGGCGAGUUUGAAGAGGAGGAAUUGGUUGGCCAAUUUGAGGAGGAGGAUUUGAUCGGCCAAUUUGAGGAGGAGGGAUUGGUUGACGAGUUUGUGGAGGAAGAGCCAUCCUUGGACGGCGCAGAGUCAAAGUUGCAUCAAGACCAUUUCGACACGGGAAGUGUUGCUAAAGUAAGUGACCUGUUUGACGACAUAGAGGUGGAAGAAAUCGGGGCGAAGGAAGAAGGGGAGGACUCCCUGUUGCAUGAGCUGGACGGAGUGGAUCCUGUGGAGGAGGAAGAGGAGAAGGAGGACGACGAAACGGCGAAGCAAGAGCAGGCCAAGUCGUAUCCGGCCAACACGUGGACUGCCCCACCGAGGCAGAUGCAGCAAGAAGCGGAGGAUGGUGCCCCCCUGCACGGGAACGUGGAGCAGGACUUCAUUAAGGACCUGGGGUUAGCGAAGGAAAGAGAAAACGUAACCUACAACGUGAUGAUGUACCCAUAUGAUCGUCUAGCAGAUGAACAGAAUGGGACGAACUACGCAGGGGUGCAACAAAACCUGACCUUGCGGGAAAACCAACCGAAGAGGGAAAGUUACGACUUUUUUAAAAACAUAUAUCGUGAUUAUUUUAUUCAGUCGAACCGGUCAAAUCGGUCAAACGGGUCAAAAUGGUCAAAUCGGUCAAACCGGUCGAAUGAGCCCGACCAACCGAAUCAACCGAGUCAGUUGAGUAACGACGAGCUGCACCUCUUCGGCGCAGACAUCACGAAAAACGCCUACCUCUACAUUCUGGAAAAUUAUGCGAACCUAUACAGAUGUAGUCACUUGAAUGUCUUGAACCCACUGAGUUGUAGAGACUACACGGAUUAUGUUUUUAAGGAGAGACGGAUGGAGAGUGAGUUGAUCUAUGAUGAGCAGAUUAUCGAGGAGGUGUUUAGAAUUCAUGAAGGGGAUGCUGAGGGAGUGGCGAAACGGGGGGGGACAACACGUCCACACGGUACAGGUUUAGCUACACAUGGGGAACAGUCGAUUUAUAAAAAGGGAAGGGAAGGCGAAGGGGACAUGCAACGUGAUUUCCUCAUAAAGGGGGUAACAGGACCUACCAAUCAAGGGGGGGAAGAAUACCCCCCAACAAUGCUGCCAAGUGGUAGUCACGGAGAAGGCAUGAUGAUGCAUCUCUACAAAGGAAACGAAAGAAGUAACAAUGGGGGCACCCCCUUCAUGAGGAAGACGAACGAAAUGUUUUACCUUCACCUAGGGGGAGACCCAUUUGGUUGGAACUACCCACGUGCUGACGCUGCGGCGGGACAGCAUGUCUGUCUGGACAAUUUCACCAACAUAUGGGAUCAUUUAUAUUCGAAGCGGAAACACCUAGAGGGAGGAGAAAAAAACUACAUCCUGCAAGAAAUAAAUAAAAAGCUAGCUAGCCAAAUGCAGAAGAAUGAACAAAUUACAUAUCUUCUGAAAAAUUAUUUUUUGAAAAAACCCCCUACAUCUGAUAUGUUGCUUAACUCACUCAUUUGUUCGCCGGAUGAGUUUAAGCAGGCCCUCAACCAGCAGUACGACUUUUCCCUUUUGGCAAAACCCACGAAGGAUAUGACAAAGGGGGAGAUUUCCCCCCCCACCUCUGUUAAUCACAUUGGUGAUGCAUUGCACCAAGUUACGCAGAAGAGAGAGACGAUUGAUUCGGUGGAUACCCCCGUCGGAGUGACCCCCUUCACCACAACGAACCAAUCAACGCAUCCAAAUGAACAGACGAACAUUUUCAUUCAAAAUAAAGAACUGAGACUUGGAUGCAUCGAGAACAUUUUGAGCAAAAGUAAAAACAUUUUUUUUUUUACGAACCUGAAGCUAGACAGCUGCUACAAGAAGAGGAACCCCCACGAAAUCGAAAACCAGCGGGUAUCCCUCAGCACUGUCUAUGUGCACACCCGUAUGGCCAAUGCGUAUUUCUACAAUUAUGAACUGUCGAAUAAGAAGGGGGUGAUUGCUUUUUCUCGUUUCCACAAGUUGGAUUUUAGGACAUCCAUCGGUAGGCACCACUUUGGGUACACUAAGGAGGAUGAGCAGUUAGAUUGUCGGGAACUGCCUGAUUAUCCGGGUGGGUUGAAUCUGAGCACGCUCAAAUGGAACUCCCUCAAAGCGGCCAUACGGAAGGGGGGCGUUCUGGGCGACACCUUCUUUGACGCACCAAGCAGGGAAUCGACGGAGCAAGUACCCACUAUUGUCGACGUGUCGAACGUGGUAGACGUAACAAACGUGGUAGAUGUGACAAACGUGACAGACGUAACCAACGUGGUAGACGUAACCAACGUGGUAGACGUAACCAACCGCCAGACCGGCCCCAAGCUGACGCUGAAGCUGAACGCGAAAAACAUACUUCCUCCAAAAAGUCGAAGCCGUGCAGAGCAGCAACUCGAGCUCCUCGCCAACAUACUUCUCGACCCAGAUUACAAAAUAAGUAGUACCUACAAAAUAGAUAAAUGGGAAGUACAAAACUGGUGUGAAAAAUUACCCAUGCUGAAGUAUAAUGAACAAACGAAGAAGGAGAACCCAGCCUCCUUCUUUCACGAUACAGCAUGCUUACAUCUGUCUGAUGAGAGCCCCCUUGUGAUUCUUGAAUACAUAGAGAGAGAUCCACUCGUCCUUCCCAAGAUUGGCAUGAACAGCAAAUUGAAGCACUACUUUAUGUGUAGGAAUGAAGACACACUGUACUCCUUUGAGUUUAAGAGAAAAAUGAAAAGGGACAUGGAACCCUUCGGGGAGGUCAACGUCGUGAACCAACCGAUUAGUUACUUUGGCGUCACCGUUCGGACGAAGAAGGCUAACCAGAAGCUCAGCUUCCUCGAGAAUGAGCUCUUCAAGGCGUUCCUCUUCACGCCGCCCGUCUAUCGAUCGGGAGGAGGGACAAGCCUUCCAGAGGGGGAAGACGCAGCAGACGAGGAAGACGUACCGGACGAAGUUGUUAACCGCAUCGACAACGAUCUUAACGCUAAUACAACUACGCAACCAGUGACAGACGAAACAGACGUAGGGAAUUCCACGCAGAACUGCUGCCAGGGAAACCUCUUUUACGACACGGACUUCCUCCUCAUAAGGAACACCUGCGUAGGGUCCCAAAGCAGAGUUUUCCUGAAGCCCCUCCAUGUGGAUUACAACCUUUACAAGGCGGUCCAGAAGGAGGAGAAGGAUGCCGCCCCUGGGGAGGUGCCCCCGAUGAGCAGAUGCACUGAUGAUGGUGACAGGGACCGGGGGGGUACGGAAGAAACUAUUCCGGAGCGUCCUCCCAUGGGGGAACAAGAAGCGGUCACCACAGAUGCUGCCCACAACGAAGGGGAAGCCGCCCCCCAAGGUGGCACCAACGAUGCGAAUGAUGCGAACCAUGCAAACAGUGUGAACGGUGCAGAUCCGCCCGGCAGGUCACCCCUGAACUGCGUAUUUUACAACGUGGGGUUCCUCGACCUGCACGUGGACCUGACGAACCCGUCCUACAAAAAGUACAUCACGGAAAAGAGGAACUACGUGCGAAGCUGGCUGAUGAAGCUAAUCCAAAAGUACAAACUUAAGGACACAAAAAAAAUAAAAGAAAUAUUAAAGGGAAAGUUGAGCACCUUUAUAAAUGAGAAGGACAUGAGUGCAGUUGUUAAAUCCCUCGACUUUAACCUCCUCUUAAGUAAAAACUACCUAAACGAGGAACAACAAAAAAAUAUUUUCACGCUAAAAAAUGUGUGCACGAUAGAGUGCACGUACCACUACCUGCAGUUGCUCAAGUAUGAAGGAAUUGAUUUUCAUAGAAUGAUGCAGGAGGAGGAUAAACUAGACAAACUCAUUUGUGUCCUCAAAGCAGAACGAGAGAGAGCAAAACAAAACUUAGAAAACAUGAGAAAAAAAAUGAAAACGACUUACAAAAGGUACUGCUAUAAGAAGGAAGCAAAGACGAUCAACUUUCUUUUAAAAAAAAAACAAAUAAAUAUUAGGUUAAUAAAAAACUACAAUUAUGUAGGGUCACAUUUUUACGACAGACACAUGUUGAAUUAUUUGCUCUACAUUAAGUAUCUCAUUUCUUGCUCCCCGUGGAAUGUUCUAAAAGAUUUCAGCUGCGCAGCAUCGCAGGGGCCGAAACAGGGAGACGACAUGGUACCUGGACCAGGGGGAGAGGGAGUAGGAACAGAAGGAGGAGGAGAAGAAGGCCAAAGGAAGAGAAGGAGGGGCAAAAAUACAGAUAACACCACUAAGGAGGAUGCUCCUUCUGAGAUGGACUGGUGGGAGGGACACCACAAAGACGGAAAAGGCGCAACGGUAGAAAAGGAAAACGUCAGAGGGAGGAACAGACCCGUAGAGGAUCACACAGUCACGUCGGAUGAACCCACCAGGGAAGACGUCUCUAGUGAAGAAGACCAAUAUAGAGACCAAACCGUGGGAAAGAAAAAGAUCCAGUCCAGCGCAAGGGAGGAUCAGUCGGAGGACUCCACUGUGGAAGGCAAACAUCGUGAGGAAGACAACAACAACGAUGACGAAAACGAUGAAGACGACCAGAAACAGCCGCAGAAACGGACGCGGAGACGACGCACAAAUGCAGGAAGAAGGAGAGCGUCCAAUGAGGACAACAAGAACGAUGAGCAGGAAUCAGAAAAAGGAACGACCGAUAAGAGAGCCGACUCUGGGGCAAAUAGAAAAAAAACGAGGAAGAAUUAUUCCUACGCAGCGUACCUGUUUAAUCACGUCGUGUGUAAUGAGGCCCUCUCCCCAAUUGGGGAAAAAUCUAAUGAGAAAAAUCAACCCCAACAGAUGCAUGAACCGAGGAGGAAUGACAAGUCUGCCACUUCCAACUGGAGGGGGAAGACCAAGUUGUACUCACGAAACGGCAGUAUACACAAGAGGGAAAUGGGUAGAAGAGAUAAACCGGAUGAAAAAAGGAACGACAAACGGAUUGAAAAGAAGGGUGCUGGUAUGUAUGCGGGGAAUAGUAAAGGUUAUGUCUUUCACGGGAAGGGAAAAUACAACUUCAGUUACUUCCACACGAAGAAGAGGUUGAGUUUAGGUCGGGAGGAGGCACUUAAUGGGCGAACGUUUAGAGGGUCACAGGGUGCACAUCCAGCAGGGAGGUACGAAGAAGAAGUGGAGGACAAUACGGAUGGUGAGGCAGAAGUUGUAGAGGACGACAAAUCUGACUUUGCUAAGGCGAACCCACCCGAUGGGGGAGAAACGAAUCAGAUGUCACGUAGAAAAAGAUCGAUGCGUGGUGUAGCAUCUAAAACGAGCGAAGAAUUGGAAAAAAAACCCACUAGAAGUGUUAACGCGUUGUGUAGCACCAGAAUAGUGGCACACCUAACCUCCAGAGACAUAGCAAAGACGCUCCUUUCCAUCGGAUUUAACAUGGUCGAUCUGAGGAAAAUGAGUCGAACUGAUCAAAUAAGUAAACUGAAGGCAUGCAUCCGAAACGGGAGAGUAAACUCACAGAAUAAGAUUAUUUACACGUGCAUGGUGAAAAAAAUUAUAAUGGAACAAUUUAAGCAUCUGCAUGUGCCGGUUCAUUUGAAGGUGAACAAUAAUGUUCUUUACAUGAGUGAGAGGAAGGGGGUAACAGGGAACGAUCACCCCGGUGGGUCCCCUCAUGGCAGUGGCAGGAACGCCGGCGUAGGCGUCUCCAACUCGCUACGCAAAGAGGAGAAUAGCAACUUAAACGAAGACUGCACAGAACUAUACACGCAUAGUAAGAGAAAGCGAGUUGAAAAAAACCGCAUUAAAUUAUUGAGGAGCUUUUUUCAAUCCCCUUCCAGUGACGUCGAAGGGUAUGACUCCUCCUUCUUCUUCUCGUCCUCCUCAUCGGCAGCCACAACGGAUAGCUCCUCAGAUUCCAGUUCAGAUGAAAGUUCUCUCUGUCUGGGGGAGGUAACCCCAAUAGGAAAAAUAAAACAGAAGGAUAAAAGUGCACACAUGGGAGGUAAGCACAAACGGAAAGACCGCGGACCGAACGAUGAAGAAUCAUCAGAGGAGGAAGAAAAGAAGCAUCUAGAAGUAAUAAGGGAAAUACAGACGAAGAAAGACAACCAGGAGGAUGACAAGGAUAAUUAUAGAAUGGUGCACUGUCUAAAAUGGACGAGGGUUUACCUAACCAGGGGUGAUCAUAUCGAUGCAGUUAGUAACCAUGACAAUGCACAAUUUCAGAGGUACGAACAAUCCAAAGGUGGUCCUGGUGACGGCAUCGCUAACGGGGAGGGUAACCCCUUGCAGACGUUUCCUCCUGCGGGGAAGCCGAAAGAACCAUUCGACCAUGGUAGAGGUGCAGACAAGAGAGACCAAGGCAUGUUGAACCACCCCGUGAAGGACAUGGAAAUUUUUCUCCUGGAUGAGAAAGCCAAAGUGGAAAAAGUUCACACGUUAUAUAUAUAUGGAGAAAAAAAUAUUAACACCUUCCUUCGGUGGAGAAGCUUCAGAUCUGUUAUCAGAAAAUAUUUUACUCUCGUGAAUGGAAAAUAUAUGAAUGCACAUUCCAUGGGGGAGGAAGCAACGAUGAGGGAUAAUGCACCCGGGAAUAGGGGCCCACAACAACAUGGUGACGAUGAAGCGGAUGAGCAUCUUGGAAAGGACAAUAUAUUCUCCAACAAAGUGAAGAAAAGAAGACAAAGGAGACGUAGGCGAGGAAAGGACCUCGAAGGGGAAGGAGAAGAUUUUAUGGGAACCUCCAUUUAUGCCGCCCCGACUUUUAAAAACGUCCUUCGGAUCUUACCCACCGUUGGGGAAGAGCUAAAAACGUGGAACUCUGCAAAGAAGCAGACAAAUAAAAAUGACCUCAAACAGGAAAGGAAGAAAAAGAGGAGGGACAAACUUACCAACGAAAGGAAGAAAGGAAGAAAGGAAGAAAGGAAGAAACGCAAAAGGGGAGAGUUCUAUAUGGAUGUGAACACUAGCGCAGGGAAGCUCAUGGGAAGAAAAUACGUCAAUACAAAUUAUUCAGUUAAUAGUAAGAUGAAUAAAGCGGUGCAUACAUCUGCCUCUAUGGCAGCAUCCAGACGUAGGAGGUUGUACCCCAUGGGGGCUGAUCAAGCUGCCCAAGUCGCUAUGGAAAAAAGAGGAAAGAGGAGAAGACGUAGAACCGUCACUGCUGCUUCUUCGAAUGGGAAAGUGCAAAACGCUAGGAGGGGAUAUUCCAGCGAUGUCACCAAUGAGGAAGACCAAACAGGGGAGGAGACCCCCGCAGAAGUGGAGGGAGAAACGGACGAAUGGGACGAGGCCGCAGAGGAGGAAGAAGCGGCCGAGGAUGAUUCAGGGGUGGAAUAUAUGGAUGCAAGGGGGACCAACGAAGCACGCAAGCGAAGACAACUACGGAACCACUUGGCAAGAAGUAACAGCUCCUUGACCCUUUCGUUGAAGGAUGAAGAGGGAGAUUCCCAUCGGAUGGGUAAAAAUAGGAAGAGGGGAAGAGAAGAACUGGAAAAGGGAAGCGAUAGGAGGGCCAAAAGGGGAGACCUCACAGGGAAAUCGAAAGACCAACACGGGAAACACGAACCGUACCACGUGACCAAAACAGCUGAAAAGGCAACCACCGGAUCGAGUGAAAGAAAUGGCACAGAAAGCGCAAGAAAAAAAAUGAAAAAAGGAAACACAUACAACAAUAUAAAGGAAGUCAUCGAAAGGUUCAACGAACUUCUUAUGGCCAUCAUGUCUAGCAUCGCAGAAGUGAUGAACUACAAAGCCUUCCUCAACGAAGUGAACGAAAGUUACGCCCCCCUAUACUACACAAUUAUUAAAAAACCCAUGUAUAUAAAUAAAAUAAUUUUCCGGUGCAAAAAAAGAAAGUACAACAGUUUAAAUCUUUUUUUCGACGAUGUGAAUCUCAUCGUAAGCAACUGCAAACUGUAUAACACCCCCACGUCGGUCAGUGCCUACCUCUGUGUCAUCGUAGAUAAUAUGCUUCUCGACAUCGUUAACAAGGUCAAGUCCGAUGAAAACUUGCAGAACUACAAUAAUAUCCUCAUCGAGCAUUUUUACAAAAACAAAAGUUUGAAUAACACGUGGGAGAACCUCAGCAUCGACAUGGGUGGGGCGGCAUCAGGCCAGACUAUCGGCGGGGCAACAAGUCAACCCAGCGGGGGCGGCUUAACCGUUGCGAACAACAGUGUGGCAUCCCUAAACAUGCACUCCAACGAGGUGAACUCGAAGGACGCACCUGCAGGGGAAGGGAAAUGA